UUGUAACCAUGCAAAGGUACCUAAAAUGAAGUUGAUAUCAGCUCUCGUUUCUUGUUCUGCAAUAUUAGUCGCCGUUAGAACGAAAGAAGAGGAGGCGGAAGAAUACGAUGAGAAACUUUCUUCAUUCAUUCGCGAAAUUCUGGAGAAUUUUCGAGAGCAGAUGCCGGACGGUAUUCCCGACAUCGGAGUUCCUCCUGUAGAUCCGCUUGUAAUUCCUAAUAUCGAUGAAGACAUUGAUGAUGGCAUCGCAAGGAUGCAGCUGCGCAUGCGUCAGAUCAACAUUACCGGUAUUUCCAAGUUUGAAAUCAAACUUCUGAAAGCUGACUUGGAGAAGGGUUUCGCAAAUUUCAGUAUUUCUGUGCCUGAACUUACAGCUGAUGGCUACUGCUUCAUGAACGGCAAGAUCUUAGGAAUAUUCCCCAUAAGCAGCGAUGGACCAUUCUUCAUUCAUGUCACUCAG